AUGACAAAAAAAAAUCGCUGUGGAAAGAUAUACUACUUACCAACGUACAGAAAUGUUGGGGAAUCACCAGCGUCACCCAAAGGUGAUGCCGCAGAGGGGAGCAGAAGCACUGUCCGUUGGGACUCAAAUGCCCGUUUAGUUAACACCCAUACACUCCCAGAUAAGCUAAGUAACAAAUCAUCACACAAUACCAACAUUGUCAUAGGGAAUAAUAGAAAAUCCUUUAAGCCUAACAAAGGAAGUCUAAGUUUUAAGUACUUAACAAAUAAAAUUGAUUAUUUUCUUAUGUUUUUAUAUGGUGAUUAUAAUGAAAUAAUCCUUAAAAUGUCAUUUGUGAGUGACGUAUGUAACACAAUAAAGGUGUUUUCUUCGAAAAAAUAUAUUUUUGGGACUUUUCUUUGCGGUGUUUGGGGAAGUUAUAAAAGAAUAUUCUGCCUGUAG